GACAUGGAGAAUCAGAAAAAUGUUACAUUUUCUCAAGAAGAAUCCUUGGGCUUGAUGUGCUUUGUGGAGCCAAGAAACCUCAAGAACUUUUUUGUUCAUAUGGAGAAGAGAAUCAUAAUGAUGAAGAGCCGACUAAGUUACAGGACAUGAUUGCACCAGAUACCAUAAAAAGUAUUCUGGAAGAAGAUCCAGAUCCCCUCUCAGUUGCAUAUGAUGGCAGUCCUGAUGCCAAGCAGCCAUAUACUCUAGGUGUUACUACACCAAAAUUGACGUCUGUUCCCAGACCAGCUUCCAAGAAGUCGGCUCGGAUUUCUAGGAAAAGAAACUGUGUCUUUGAUGAUAUAGUAGUGCUGCCUAAUGAGGCAAUCAGGCAAAGUAUACAUGAUGCUAGUGACUUGGUUGCUAAAAAGAAAGAAGUUCCCAAAAAUGCCCAUGCUGUUUGGAAAACUAAUCGAGUUGGAAAUCUUGCGCAGAAUUUCUUGGAGCCAUUGAUAUCUAACACACCUGUUCUUCGCUCAAAAUCAAUCAAAUCAUUUCAUAGUCCAAGGAGUCCUGAAGUUGCUGAUCUGAAUGUAGUAAGACCUGAGACAUCUGGAAGGAUAGAAAAAGAACCGUCUAUGGGAGCAGAGCAAACUUUCCCUUCUGGAAGCAUGGAAGAAGUACAACCAUCUCUAGAUAGGGAUGAAGAGCAUGACUUCAAUUUUUGA